AGAGAGAGAGACAGAGAGAGAGGCAGACAGAGAAUGGGAGGCUGACUGUGGGUCUCCAACGGCAGGGAGCUGGUUGUACUGGGCGGGGGUUUGUCGGUGGUUGGACUGGACGGGGUUGGUUUUUUUUUUAUUGCGGGCGUGAAGGCAUGUCGGUAAUCGGCUCAGUAAUGAGGAGAGGUACUGAACGGCACCAAAUAUCUGACCCCGAUUCCUGGGAGUAAAGGGAGGCAGAGAGAGGGAGAAAGUGUGUGACAGAGAGGGGAGGAAAAGAGAGAGAGAGAGAGAGGGAGUGAGAGGGAGAGAGAGAGGGGCAUGUGAAAAAGGGGUGGAGGGGAGUCGAGAUUUAGUGCCCUGCUGUAUGAAACAACCCCCCACUAACUAACGGAGAGGGAAAGUAGCCUAAUAGGGAGAAAAGAGGGGGUGUUGUACUCAUUUAACACUCAAAGACGCGCAGGAAGCCUUUAUCGUUUCCCCACAAUGAGAUCUGAAAAGGGGGUUGCUGUUUGUUGUAAAACUUAGGGCCUCAAGGAACAGGGGGAUAAGACGAAACAAAAGUACGUAGUGGCAGGACAUAACUGAGAAAGAGAAAUGUCUCGAACAGAAGAGGUCAACAAGAUGACGGAAAAUGUCUACAAGGGAAUUCUGGACCAGUUCAACCCCAGUCUGAAGAAUUUUGUGACCAUGGGGAAACACUACGAGAAAGCCCUGACAGGAGUAACUGUGGCUGCCAAAGGGUACUUUGAUGCUUUGGUGAAACUCGGAGAACUAGCAAGCGACAGCCAAGGCUCCAAAGAGCUGGGAGACACACUGUUUCAGAUGGCCGAGGUCCACAGACAGAUUCAGGUGCAGCUGGAAGAUGUGUUAAAGCUGUUUCACUCUGAGCUGCUCGCCCAGUUGGAGCAGAAGCUGGAACUGGAUAUUAAAUACCUCACAGCCACCCUAAAGAAGUAUCAGAGUGAACGGAGGUCUAAAUCUGAGUCUAUCGAGCGCUGCCAGUCCCAGCUGAAGAAACUCCGCAGGAAGAGCCAGGGCAGUCGUCACCCCAACAAAUAUGGAGACAGAGAGAUGCAGUUUGUGGAGCUGAUGAGUCGUCGCCAAGGCGAGCUGGACGCACUGGUUGCCACGGGUUACAAGUCGGCGCUCACUGAGGAAAGGAGACGAUAUUGCUUCCUGGUGGACAGACAGUGUUGUGUUACCAAACUGCUCAUCAACUACCACUCCAAGGUGAGAGAGCUUCUGUCACAGAAACUGUCAUCCUGGCAGCAGUCGUGUUCUCAGCCCACGAAACUCCCAGAGCGCGCUCUGAAUCUGCUGCGUCACACUGCGCCUCAGAGCUCAGGGGCUGCUGGGAUAGCUGAGGCCCUCCGCCACACCAAGCUCAGCUCUGCUCAGCCCGAGCAGAGGCUUUCAGUUCAAGAAGUCCCUCCUCUGUUGAAUGGAGACUCCAAUCGCUCCCAGCAGCAACGCUCGCUCCCCUCCUCCUCCUCCCAGAGUGAAUCCUGUCCUCCUCAGGGCUCCCCCCAGACUUUCCGCUCUCUCGCCACUGGAGGAGCUGCUGGAGGUUCAUCACGGGGAGCAUCUCCUCAGCACACCAGCACACCCCUCAGUGCAUCGGCCAGCCCCCUCCCCGACAGCAGCGCCAGUGGCAGCGCCAGCCCUGCUGCAUCCACUCCCACCACAUCCAGCAACUCGGCCCAGCCAAGCUCUCUCCUCCUGGCCACCAACACGUCCAACCUUUCCCCGUGCCUCAUCCCCUCCACAGUAAUGUCACUCAGCCAGAUCUCCCCGGCCAGCGGCUCCUUGCAGGGCAUGACCCUCCCUAUCCCGCACAGCGCUCCUCACAGUCCUCCACUGCCCCACAGUGCUCCUCUCUCCAGGGCCAUGACUCCUGUGCAGUUACUGCCCCAACAGGUGGGACCGGGAGGGAGCAACGCUUCAUCACCCUCACAUAAUCCCUGGCUACUGAAGACCGCUGAUAUGUGUGCAACAGCAACACUUCCACUGCCAAGGAGACCUGUCAGUGAAAUGAGGCUGGGCGGCUUUCAGGGCUCCAGUCUCCCCAGGAUGCUGCCUUUAUCUGGACCUGCACGUGUGGAAGCCAUGUUUGCUCACACUCCUGGAGCAUCGGAGGGCGGUGGCGUAGGUGGUGGAGCUUGCUUGCUGCACUUCCUGCCUGGUGACGACAUCACCCUGCUCAUCUCUGAGCCCAGAGACGGGUGGCACUAUGGUCAAAAUGAACGAACUGGACGGAAAGGCUGGUUCCCUUUCUCCUACACUCAGCCACACCACAGUAAGAUGGAUCACCUCGAGAGCUCUCUCUUCUUAUCUAAGGCUAACAGCACCAGUACGGGCCAGCUCGACAAGCUGGUGUCUCCAGGUUUCCCAGCCCUCACCCCCGAAUCAGAGGAGGAACGCUCCCUUCCUCCCCAGAGGGUCAGCACCUUCCGCCCGCGCCCAUACAGCAUGGCCGACAGCAACAAGAUCACCUCAGAAUUGGCCUCUCCACCGCCCUCUCCAAACAGGCUCAAUCCAUUUGCCCACGUCCGACUCAGAAGAACCGUCACCAACGAUCGCUCAGCUCCCAUCAUUGAGUAAGCGUUUUAUUGCCACAGCAGCAGCGAUCCUGCUCUCUGUGGUUUGUCAGUCCAUCAAACCUCAGGUUGAAUCCUGGAAACAGCCCAUUGCAUGUUGAUUCUUUUAAAUUGUACUUUGAAUGUUCUUUUUUGCAAAUUAAUCAAAUACAGAUUGUGCGCAAGAAUAGAACAUUUUAAAAUAUAAAUAUAAAAGGUUAAUGUGUAAAGGCUGAUCUGUUAAAAAAAUAUGAAUACAGUCCAUUAAAUUUGAAUGUAGUUAAUAGGAAAAACAGAUAAUAUAGAAACAAGAUAAUAUCUGAGAAUCCUGUUUGAGUGAAACGCUGGCAUUAAAAUAAAAUCUAGGCUAGUGUUUAUUAAACAGAAUUAAGGUGUUUGGCUGUAUUUAGCUUAGUGUUUGAGAUCGACACACUGUAUCUUGUCCAGAAUAACUAACAUUUUUAGGUUUUUCCUUGCCUAUGAAAGAUGCCUCUUGUGUCUCAUACUGUAUUACAAUGCAAUUUCUUCUCGACAUAACCUUUUUUUGUGCCAUAUACAGAAAGGUUUUCUUUGUCCGGCUGAUCUAGGGACUGGAUCCUAAUAGCAGGUUGAGAACUGUAACUUUCACUGUAAUGAAGUGUUAUGGGAAGAGGACAGGCUCCUACUCUAAAAGUGCUAUUAUGAUAUUAUAUUUUUUAGAAAAGCUGCCAGAUUGUUGCGUUUUAUUGGUUUCAAAGAAAGUAAACUUUUAAAUUUAUUCAAAGUAUCUUUUCUAUUUUAAAACGUGGUUGUUUGGUUGAGUGAGACUUGGCAUAUUUUAAUAUGAAAUUGGCACAGCAAGUUAUUGUUAUGUCAUUAUUUCCUUAAAAUUACUGAACACGGGCGAUGCUGUCAGUUGUAUCUUAUGUUUAUGCCAGUGAGCACGACACAUUCUGCUGCUGUAAAGUUACAUAUUAGUAUUUUAUGAAUGUCGAUUUUUGGACUAGUUUAACUCUUUACCUGGACUAAAAAAAAAUACAUUGUAAAAACAAAUUCUACCUUUAAAUUAGAUUUUUCAAAUGAUUGAUCAAUGAGACUUGUUGGUUUCUCAGUGGAAUACUUAUUUAAUACAGAGCAAGUCCUACAAAAACAAAGAAACUAAAGCUUAUGAGCUUCACAGACAAAAACUGUGACAGUUAAUAGUUGAACGUUUGGACGGGGUUAUUAUCGAAAGAAGUGUUUUGUUUUUUUUAGAAGGUAGCAGGUUGUGGAGGGUUCAGAGUGUUAAGAAUGAGAUUUGUGUGCUUAGUCUUUGGAUUUGAUGUCUUCUUGAUUCCUCUUCAGUCCCAAAUCUAAAGCUAGACAACAUCCAGGCUAGUUGAUUGUAGUUGUAUGUUUACCAAUCAAACUGAGCAAAAUCUUCGAGAGAGAUGUGAAAGCCAAGACAGACGAUAUAAUUAAGUUUUGAUGGGGAAAUGUUUCUAUGAAAGUGAUGAAGAAAGCUUACGGGAAGUUGACCAACGUCUGAGCAAGUGUUCAUGGUAAACUAGAGAUAUCCAAAGUAAUAUUCUGUAGCUCUGAAGUCGCCUCUAGAAAACUGGUUUAAAGGUGAAACUUUGUAUCUGUGCAAACUGAAAUGGUUUAUGUUCCUGUUGUAAUUGAGUUUCUGUGAUCUUUUAGCACCUUGAAGAUUCAGAUAUUGCCCACAAGGGUUGUAGUAAAUCAAUCCUAACAGCAUAUAUUAUUACUUUGAGUAGUGUGGCAUCAUUAAUAAAGGUGUCUGCAGAAUUAUAGAGUUAAUGCUUAUUCAUGCUUGUAAAUAGUGCGUAAAAAACAUGUGAUUGUAUGACUUUUAUUUUACUUCUUUUUGUAAUGAUAUUUCACUUUGGAAGAACAUUUUGACUUUGUAGAAUCUAACGAAUCCUUCAACUUCAAGCACCGGAAAAUCUGUCAGCCGUGGUAUUGAAACGUUUCUCUCCACCUCUGAACACAAAAUGAGACACAGUGAAAAUAAAGAACCUUUGUAGGUCUGAAUGCGUUUUAAAAUUAGAAUAUUGAUUCAUAUUUGAGUCGUAGUAACUGGUGGCUGUUGUAGUGUAUUAGUGAUCCAUAAAAUCUGGAGUGAAAGUGACAGUGAAAAAUAUUAGAAAACAAAUACUUUUGCCCUUUGAGUGCAUGAAAAAGUGUGCAAAGAUUAAGGUGUAGAAAUGAUUGAUACAGAGAAAUAAUAUAGUAUAUGUACAACAUAAAAAUAUAUCUUGGUGUGAAAUAUGUUGCAAAAAAUACAUGGGAGGUUUAUUCAAAAUAUAAAUGUGUAACAGAAGUGAAUAGAUGCCUUUACAGCUAGUCAACAGGAUAGUGUACAUGCUUACAGAAAGUGUAUGUGUAGAUGUUCAAAAGGCUACUGAUUGGUUUGCAGAAAACACUGCCACUAAAAACAGGAACUUAUCCAAAGUCCAAAACUCUUGUUCCAAAGUGAAAUAGUUUUAACAUUGCACACCCAUUUUACACAGUACCUUGGUUCUGUAAAAAAAAAUAAAUAAAUAAAAAUGAACCAAUGUAAGCAGACUUGUUUACAGUCUGUUCUCUGAAUUGCAUUGACAUGAAAUCCUGGUGACUGCAGAAGAUAUCAUAUGAUGAUGAUGAUGAUGAUGAUGGAUACUGCUGAGGAAGACGUUCUUUACCUGAAACACUGCAUAUUGACGUGUUGUGAAAUAAAGUUCAA